AUGAGGAGGAGGAGGGCAAACAUACAAACAGAAACUUACGUCCUAAUAGAACCUGGGAAGAAUGAGGAGUUUGUCUCCGAGGAAGAACUGAGAGAGAGAUUAAAGGGUUGGCUCGAGAACUGGCCGGGGAAGGCCCUGCCUCCGGACCUUGCAAGAUUUGAGGACAUUGAUGACGCUGUUUCUUAUCUUGUUAAAUCUGUUUGUGAGCUUGAAAUUGAUGGGGAUGUUGGCUCAAUCCAGUGGUUUGAAGUUCGGCUGUGA